AUCAAGCAGGACAAGUGCAGAUCAAGCAGGACAAGUGCAGAUCAAGCGGAUCAUGCAUGAGAGAACCAGAUCAAAUAAUUUAUUAUAACUUAUGAAUGACAAAAUCAGUUCAAAACUGUAUAUCAUAUAUUAAAACUAUAAAAAUGACACUUAGAUAUCUAAACAAAUAUCUUAGAUUUUAUAGGAUAGGCCGAAAUGCAUGUAAAUGUUGAUAAUACACAGCAUAUAGCUACCUUAACGGAACCAAUAAAUUUGUGUAUUGGAUUAAAAAUCGAGAGGAAUCACGGAUAUAGUUUAAAAAUAUUUUAUAAGAUACUUAUACUUCUUUUAUUUUCUUAUUUAUAAAAAUUAAAAAUUAUAUGACAAAAAAUAAUAAGUAGAAAAUGAUAAUUUUGUAUUGUUAAAGUUGUAAAUAAAAUAGAAAAUAUUGUAUUCAUAAAACUAGAUAAAUAUAUUUUAAAAAUUAUGUGUUGUAACAAAGUUAUUUAUUGACCAAACAAAAAAAACAGAUCAACACCACCAAAUGUUGGCGGGUGAGAUCUGCAUGCAGAUCUCCUGCUUUUUCCAGAAAAAAACAAAAAAUAUUGAACUGCAUGCAGAUCUUCCGCUUGAACUUCUUUUACAAACAGAAAAUGGUGAAUGGUGAAUGCAGUGCGAGAGAAUUGCAUGUGCAGGAGAACUGCACUUGUCCCGCUCCUCUAUUCGGACACUUAGUAGAAGUUUUCUGUUUUAUCCGGAUGCAUGAGGAAAACAUGACUUGGAAACCAGAAAACCAUUACGAAAAGAAAGCCAUUGUCCUACUCUAAACAGAAAAAAAUUGCUUCCUAAAUUAAAUAUUCCUAACCGUCAUAAUUAAUAGUAACAUAUAUCAAAUUUUUUUAACAAUAACAUAUAUCAACAUUUGGUGAAUUAUUAUUAUCAUAUCGACCAUGUUUACGUCAAUGUGUUCAGGUUAUAUAAUAAAAUUUGGUGUCUGAUACUAGUAGCAUAUAAGUAAAAGAUAUUAUUACAAACAACUAAUUAUAUCUAGUUUAUUUAAUACUUCCAAUGAGUAUUUCAAAGUUAUCAGUUAAAUCAUUCGUGUUUAUUUUUGCUUAAAUUUGAUUCAUCUAGUAGAGUAGAAGAAAGAAACAAGUUGAAAAGAUGCAUGCACCACAUCACAAAAAGGUGCAUAACCAUCACCACUCAUUAUGGUUCUAGUAGAAGAUGGGGACAUGGCAUUCACUUGUGGGCUCUUCAAAUCUAAUUUGCAAUCAAAAGUAUUAUGGGUCCCCGCGUAUUUGGGGGAAGCCACUAGCCAGCUUCUUCUCCAAAUCUAGCCGCCCAAAUUAUUAGUAGUAAAUAAAACACUCUAGGAGUAAUGAUCGGUACUGAUUUAACAAAUCAUCCCUUGAUGAAUGAUAGUAGUGUACUAAUUCUUGCUCUUUAAUUCGUGGUCACACAAAAUAGUACGUAGCCUUUAUGAAACAAAUUUUAUGGACUGUCUCAAGUCAUUAAUGUGUCUUACAAAAUUAAACAAUGGUUGAUUUAAUGUAAGAUAAUAGUAGUUGAGAAUUAACUGUGACGAGACUCCAAGGAGGAUCUCUUGUUUGAUAUAAACUAUGCAUGUCAUGAGUAUCAUGCACUAGUCAAUAUGAUUAUGAGUCUUAGCUCCGUUCGUUGCAACGUUCAGUGAAUCUUAGAUAUCAAAAGAUUUCUAAUUACACAUUAUCUGGUUAGCCGAUAUUCAGAUACAUAAUAAAUGACUGGCUGAAGUUGACAAAAAAAUGAUUGACUGAUAUCCAAAAGAUUCUUUUAUGCAAACAUGGUAAACACAGAGAAUUAAUUAUAACAAUUAGAAAAUUAUUCGAAGAGGAUUGUGCUAUUGAUCUUGUAUUCUUGUGUUCAUAUCUAACUUUCUAGAAUUGAGGUUUUACACUUUAAUUAAUCAUUCAAGCGGGUUUUUACCUUGACUUCCACUAUAUGUUUGUAUGUUGUUUGCUAUUGAGUAAAAAAUGCUACUCAAUAAACGUCUCCCUACUACUUUUGUGAAACUUCACUAGUUUUUCUGGUCGAAUGUUUGUUUAACUCGUACUGUUUUCUUUUCUUCUUUCUUUUAAUUCUUUUGUAACAAAACUCACUGUUUUCUAAAUAAAAUUUUAACACUAACGAAAACAGCUUGUUCUACUACUGUCGUUUACCUAAAUCGAAAAAGGAAAACAAAUGUGAACUAGGUUGUUUUUUAGGAAACCUAUUCGUAUUAGAAACAUAAUCAUAACCUACAAUUUUUGUCUUUCAUAGAUGAUGAAACUCAUAAUAUGUAAUCAUAAUAUGGCACAUUGGGAUGAGAGAGAGAGAGAGAGAGGAAGAGCAAUAAAGCGUCGCUCAUGUAUUUCGUGGUAAGAGUAAAUGAUAUUUCAGAUCUUCGUAGUGAUUAAAGUUUGAGUAGGACCCAUCUCAUUCACCUCUUCAGCUACUUCUACAUUUUUGUUUCUACUAGAAUCGAUUUUAAUUUUUACCCAAAUAAACAAAUAAAAAUAAAGUGUUAUCCUUCAAGAGCUUAGAUUCUUCUAGUACAAACCUUUGCCAGUUUAUGUAUAUUCACCUUUUACCAUUGAUAUGUAACAGAAAGAGAUAUACACUGUUAUACUGACUACCGAAUUACAGAGACGAGAGACGUGUAGGCAUGUAAUGCGUAGGUAGGUUGCAAGCGGAAAUGAAGGAAAUUAAAUUUUUGUCAUGCAAAUGUAAUAAAAGCACAUAGAAAGAGACAAAUAUGUUAUAUUCCCUCCGUUUUUUAAUAUAAGUCGUUUUACAGCUAUGUACAUAGAUUAAGAUUUUCAUUAAUUUCUUAUAUUUUCUAAACAAAAACAUCAUUAAUUAUUUACAUAACCACAAUUCAACCAAUAGAAAAAUAUAAAAUAUAUUAUCAUUGGUCAGACAACAUUAAUUAUUAAUAAAUGUUACAUAGAAAACUGAAAACGACAUAUAGUUUGAAACAAAAAAGUUUCUCUAAAACGACUUAUAUUGAAAAACAGAGAGAGUAGUAUUAUUACUGUUGAAGUUUGAAUUUUAAAUUUUAAAUGGAGAAACGAAAAUGGCUGGCUCCUAAAUUCAAGCUUAUAAAAUUUGCAUAUAAUAUAUUUGUGUCAUGGCUGGCUUCAUAUUUUCUGUUCUUUUCUGAAGAAAUUUUGCAAUUUUUGCAUAUAAUAUAUUUGUUCAUUGAUUCUCGUGAGUAAUUAGUAUUUAAAUUUGGAGGAUUGCUGUUAUUAUUCACUUGCUUAUCGUUAGGUUCAUCAUUGUUUGUAUUUACUUCUCUUAAGAAUCGUAUAUUCGUACCCCUUGAUGUAUCUCAAAGAAUAAACAAUAUAAUGGCGACCGGAGUUAGGGUUUAGAGCUGAUUUUAGUUCAAAGUUACGAAUUUAGGGUAUGUUUUUUUCCUUUUCUGCAUCGGUUGCAGGAUGUAGGUGUAGGCAUUUAGCCAGUUAGGGCAUACUGUGUUUUGGUCCCAAUUGCGACUCUAACAGUCAAAUUCACUACUACGUGAGUACUGAGUCGUCAGCUACACAUACAAUCUCGCACUCGUAUAUACGCACUUUUCUAUAACGACUACGUAAUUUUACAUGCGUGAUCAUAUAUAAUAUAUAUACUUUUUUUUUUUUUUUAUAAUAUAUAUACUUAUAAUGCAGUGUGUGUUAUCUGAUGCGUUUGUUAGUUUAACCUAAACGUGAUUACUUCAACAAGAAGAGUAUUUUUGAGUGGUGCGAGAUCUUAAUUCGAGUCUGGUGCUAUAUUUACAAAUAAAAUAUUUUAAAUUUGUAGUCUUGGAUAUAUCUAGAAGACUACAUGCCAAAGACUUUAACCUAGAAUUUUAUUUUAAACAUUUGGAGCGAAUUGUGAGUCGGUUGUGUUCUCAUAACUGGAGACGUGAUAUAUAUAUUAAAGCCUCAUAAUUCCACGAUGCACGGCUAUACAAAAGAUGGAACUACAAAUUAUCUAUUUAGUCCUAAAUUAUUAGUAAGUUCUUUUACAUCAUUAAUCCAUAUCCAUCAAUCCAUCGUGUAUUCAUUAUAAAACUUUCAGAGCAUUAGUCUAAAACACAUCACACAUUUCUCAUGUUUUAAUGUGUAAUAUUAAAUUACAAGAAAACUUGUUGGAUCCCGAAAAAAGAUUUGACCAAAUAUUCCUUAGAGUAUGUGUUUUCAAAUCUAGCUAACUCCACAAAUAACACUGAAAUGUGUUAAGUAUUAAGACAAAAUAAACUUUAUAUUGAAGAAAAACAUGUUUAUAUAAGUUCUAUAUAUAGUAUUUAUUAAUUUAUACUUUAUAGUUUAGAUAAACUAUAUAUUAACUAUGUUUUCUAAAAUUUAUACUUAUUACUUAUUAAAUUUAUACUUAUUACUUAUUAACUAUGUUUUCUAAAACAUGUUUACUUAUUUUUUAUUAUUGUAUUAUCUUUUUAAUUUUUAGAAUAUGAGUUUAUUUUUAAUUUUUAAUUUAUAUAUUUUAUGCUGUAUUUGCAAAUAUGUAAAUAUUGUUUCUCAAGAAAAAAUGUAUGCAAAAUAUGAAGCAUGUAUGAUGAUAAUGAUAAAUGUGCAUGAAGGAGUAGAAUCUUAGGCACGGAGAUGGCGUGUCUGAUCUUUGAAAGCCGCCCACCAUCUUUAUUAUAUAUAUUUGAUUCCCAAGUACUGAUUUCUGCUCAACUUGCAGAUACUUUGUUUCAUGAACUAACUCUCUUUCUCACAUUCGAUUUCUGAUUAAUUGCUGCAAAAGUCAAUUAGUAUUAUUUUUAAAAGGGCAAUAAAUUUCACCAUAUAUUCUUUUAGUCUUUCGAGUUUUAUUUGUUUGUGAUUAGUAAUUAUCGACACCAACUCAUGACUUCUUAAUUGAGACUACAGGAAGAAUAUAAUGAAGUUUCGUUAUAUCAUUUGAACUGAAAUAAAUUUACCUCAAUCGUCAAGAGCAACGGUGUUAUAGAAUUAUUGAUUUGGAUUUAAGAAAUAAAUAGCGAAAGACAAAACGGUACGAAUGUAGUAAUUAAAAUCAUGUCAUAGUCUCCACAAAAGGGUACAUUUAUGAAAUUUAAUAACGUCUUGGAUCGGAUUCAUAUCUCAAAUUAAUAUCAUGCAAGCAUGAUAAAACUUUAAUUACAUUUCUAUGUUUGAUAUAUAAAAUUAUUCAUUAACGAUACGAACCGUCGAUCACUUAUUCAAAAUUUUGUUUGUCUACAUUGUGUUCGUUUCAGUUGCUUAAAGUCGAAAACCUUAAUUCUACAUUGUACAAACCUUCAUGCAUGUACACCUUUAACAAGUGUGGAACUCAUGACAACUACACAUUUGAGAUUAAUUCGAAAUUGAUACAUAUAUAUUUCAUGGGAUAUACUUAUCUGCAUGCGUGUUGCAUUGAAAAGAAACAUACAUGAUUUUCCUUAAUUGAUCUCAAUUAAUUUGGGCUAGAAACAAAACAUAACUAAAGGAGAAGAGACCCGUUACUACAAAGACAUUGUCAGGUAAAAAAUAUCUGACAGCCAACACAUUAACUUCAAACCUAACGUCUACCUGGUUUUGUCUUGGCUCCAACUUCUUAAAUUCUUGUUUAUUUUCUAAAACAAUUUAUUGGAUUAUUGUCAUUAAUAUAUCGUAUAUACAGAAAACCUACAUAGAUAUUAAUGUAGAAAACAUUUCUAAAGAAAAUUGAAAAGGAAAGUUCAAGUGAAGGGUGGCUCCUCAAGAAUCAAUUUGAUUUUGAAGAGACAAAUUGAGGCACGACUAGUAUGACAUCAAGUAUUUAUUGCCUUAGAUCUAUCGCUUGUCUUUUAUUUUCUUGAAACGAAAUGGUUUUCUCCUUGUAUCAGUUUAAAGAUCAACUUACAGAUGAUGAAUCUAUAUUGUGUUUCAUUUUGCUUAACACAAAAUUUAUUCUUAAACCCAUAUUUUAUUUUGGUUUUUUUUUUCAAAAUAAAUUGACUUGGUAUGACAUAAAACAUGAUUGGGAUCCAUUUGAACCGAACUAACUGUUGUCUAAGCCGAUAGGUUUUUCAAAAUUUUAAAUUAAAAAAUAGUGAAAUUAAAUCAAACUAAAUCCGAGUGAGAUAAAAAGAAACAACGCCUAAAUUGAACUGAAAGUAAUGAAAUGGAUAGGAACUUGUACAUAAGAAAUAGAUAGGAACUAAAAGAAUGAUUUUUAUAAGAUUGGAGAUAUGUAAAAUAAACAUAUACGAAAGUGUGAAAGGUAGAGCAUACAAAAAUUAAUUCGGAUUAAAAAGUCUUAAGAUUUUGAAGUAUACAAUAUACGAAUUAGAAAAUUCAGUACGAAAAAGGGUUUUAAGAAGAUAAUUUAUAAGGGCAUACGCAAAUCACCAAAAGUAUAAAAGAAAAAGAAGUUUCCAAAACUCAACUCGACUACAUGAUUUAUAAUAUGAUGGCUAAAACUAGCGAAGGCUUUGCUAAUAUGCCGAUAUGCUUGAAAUUGCAAAAACUGUCUAAAAUUUAUAGGUUAUUUUUGUUAAUAAUGCGACUGUACAACAUACUUAACAGAAAAUAUGCGACUGUACAACAUAUCAUUCAAUUGAUUGUCUCACGAAAGAAGGCGCUAAAAUAAAUGUGAAUGCAGUUAAUUUCAAAUACCUUUUUCUUUCUUUCUUGUAUAUGUUUACUUGAAAACCGGGAUUGGUCGGACCAUUCGCAACCCAUAUACAGUAGUAUAAACGUAGAUUAAAUACAUAUGAACGUGCAUGUCCGUGUUUGUGUGUACAAAAAAACAAUUAUACCGAGCUUGUUACUAUUGAAAACUUUACGCAAAAACAUAUCCAUAAAAAUCUUUUCAAGAGGAACUUAUGAAUAUUUUACUGCAUAUAUAUUCAACCUUUAUCUCUCUAUUUUACAAUAAAACGUUCCCUAUAUUUAUAUCUAAAACAUAAAUGACACACACCCAAAAAACCUAGAUACUCCCCAAAUUUCAUCCAACGGCACAAACUGCAUAAUAAAUAACCCCAUCAAAAUUUUAUAAUAUAUUGAAAUUUGAUAGCGAUAGUUUAGUCCUCGAUGAAUGCUAGUCCCUCAUAUUUACUCCUUUUGGCAUCCUCUCUCUCUCUCUCUCUCUCUCUCUCUCUCUCUCUCUCUCUCUCUCUCUCUCUCUCUCUCUCUCUCUCUCUCUCUCUCUCUCUCUCUCUCUCUCUCUCUCUCUCUCUCUCUCUCUCUCUCUCUUAUUUUACUAUUUUCUUGUAUCCAACCGUAAGACAAAACAACGAACUAGGAAGAGAGAGAGUGAGUAAGAGAUUUGUAGUCACAAUGCAAGAGAUAAUAUCGGAUUUUCUUGAAGAGUGUGAAUUCGUUGACACUUCACUAGCCGGUGAUGAUCUAUUUGCUAUCUUAGAGAGUCUUGAAGGCGCCGGAGAGAUAUCCUCCACGCCUGCAUCUACACCUAGAGAUGGAAUCGCAAGUUCAAACGAGUUAGUAAAGGAUCAAAUCCAUGAAACUUCAUCUCCUAAGAGGAAUAAGAGGAAAAGACUAGAAACCGACAAAGAAGAGGACGAAGAAGAAGACGGAGAAGGAGAAGGGGAAGGGGAGGAAGAUAAUAAGCAAGAUGGGGAACAAAAGAUGUCUCAUGUAACCGUGGAACGUAACAGGAGAAAGCAAAUGAAUGAGCACUUGACGGUUCUACGCUCUCUUAUGCCUUGUUUCUACGUCAAACGGGGGGACCAAGCAUCGAUUAUAGGAGGAGUUGUGGAAUACAUAAGCGAGCUACAACAAGUUCGUCAAUCUUUAGAAGCCAAGAAACAACGUAAGACCUACGCGGAAGUCCUAAGCCCGAGACUAGUCUCGAGCCCUCGUCCUUCACCGCCUGUCCUAAGCCCGCGAAAACCGCCUCUUAGUCCUCGCAUCAACCACCUUCAGAUCCACCACCACCUCCUCCCUCCCAUAAGCCCUCGAACCCCUCAGCCCACAAGCCCAUACCGAGCCCAUCCGCCGCAACUACCACUCAUCCCACAGCCUCCUCUUCGUUCUUACAGCUCAUUGGCAAGUUGUAGCACCUUAGGGGAUCCACCUCCAUACUCUCCAGCUUCAUCUUCUUCCUCUCCUUCAGUUAGUAGUAACCAUGAGAGUAGUAUGAUAAAUGAACUCGUUGCUAACUCAAAGUCGGCUUUGGCUGACGUGGAAGUUAAGUUCUCAGGAGCUAAUGUGCUGCUUAAAACGGUGUCGCAUAAGAUCCCUGGACAGGUUAUGAAGAUAAUCGCUGCUCUUGAGGAUUUGGCUCUCGAGAUUCUUCAGGUUAAUAUUAACUCGGUCGACGAAACCAUGCUUAAUUCUUUCACCAUCAAGGUACGUAAGAAUAAUCAUCCUCAUUAACUGUUGAAUCUGUUUUAAAUGAAUGUCAUAUAUGGGGAGGGAAGAUAUGGCAGAGUACUAUAACAUGUAGAAAUAUAAGAAAUUAGUGUAGAUACACAAGUCUUAUUAUCUACAUUGUAUAUAUACAUAAGUGCACACAAAGGUAUGUCAGAUUGCUCACAAGCAUACAAAACAAGCCUCUUGUUGUUUUAUAUUACUCAAAAUUUUAAUAAUGCAGUUGACUUUUUAUUUGAA